GUUAGUAUUUCAUGACAAAUACCUUUAUCUUAUCUACAUUUGGUGUAAUAAUUUUAAUUUAAUUUGAAUUUGAUAGACAUGAAGUUGUGUAUUGUUUUGUUUGCUUUAUUUGCUGUUGGGUUGUCCGUUGACACAAACUGCCUGAGAGCAUGUCCUAUGAUUUAUAUGCCAGUAUGUGGCAGUAAUGGAAAGACAUAUUCAAACAAAUGUGUGAUGGGAGCAGCAUCUUGUGAGCUGAAAACAGAGCUGACAAUAGUAAACAAUGGUCCAUGUGUUGUUGCCGCGACACCUGCUCCAACUCAAGCUCCAAAGAUAGACACACAAUGCCUCCGAAUUUGUCCAUACAUUUAUUUCCCUAUCUGCGGAAGUGAUGGGAAAACAUAUGGCAAUACUUGUGAAAUGGAAACUUCUGCUUGCAUGGCAAAGACUACAUUGACAAUGGUAAAACAAGGUCCAUGCGCAUAAGCAAUUUACUGAUGAAGAUCUUCCAGUGUUUAUAUGUUGUUAGAAAAUCAAUUUAAAACUAUGCAGUGCUUGUUUAUUUAUUGGAAAAUAAAAAAAUCAUUAAUG